UCUCAAGACGGCGAGCGGGAACCAGAGCCGGGCGAGUGAUGCUCACCGAGCGGCGUAUCUGAUAUCCGGAUACCGUCACCGCCCCGGUACCGAUGGAAUCCCGCGUUCUUCUCGCUACCACCAACGGCUGGUCGCCGGCCAUUCCAACUCGGCCAAAGCAGGGGCUGGCCACUCCGAUCCUUUGUACCGGCUUUUCGUGUCGGAGGCGAGGGAGAGCUGUUCCUCUCCGCUCCCGCGGCUCGGCUUCGCGAGGCCAAUGCGCUCCCCUGGAGGCCAAAGGCGCGGAUAAAGAUAGCGAGGUUUUGGUGGCAUUAAAUGGCGAAGAGGAGGGGAAGAAGAGGAAGGGUUGGAUUCAUUUCGUUGGUAUCGGAGGCUCUGGUUUAUCGGCACUUGCUUUGCUUGCUCUCAAACAAGGUUUUGAGGUUAGUGGCUCAGAUAUCAUGUGGAGCAUAUUUAUGGAUGAAUUGCAUGAAGCUGGGGCAAGGUUAUCAAUAGGGCACUCAGCAUCGAAUAUGGAAAGGAAUGCUGGAUCUGGUUUACCUGAUGUGGUUGUUGUUUCUAGUGCUAUUCCUGCGGAUAAUGAGGAGAUUGUGCAUGCAAAGUUAAUGGACAUUCCAAUAUACAAGAGAGAUGAUUGGCUGAGGAAAAUCACCGACAAGUACAGGGUUAUUGCUAUUAGUGGAACCCAUGGAAAGACUACAACAGCUGCAAUGCUUUCGUAUGUUCUGGGUGCCAUGGGGGAUGAUCUUAUUGCAGUAGUUGGAGCAAAUGUGCCUCAAUUUUCAGGAGGAAAUAUUAUUUCAGGAAGUGGUCCAAAUUUUGUCUUGGAGGCUGAUGAAUAUGAUAGUUGUUUUCUUGGAUUAUCACCUUAUAUUGCUGUUGUAACAAAUGUGGAAUGGGACCAUGUUGAUAUCUUUGAGGAUGAGGAGGCUGUUCAGAAUAUAUUCAGGAGGUUUGUUCGUCAAAUUAGGACUGGUGGGCAUCUCAUACUAUGUGGUGACAGUGCAGGUGCAUAUGCAUUGUUGAACGACUCUAGGCAGGCAACUGUUUCUUGCAAUGUGAUUUCAACUUCUACAACAUUGAAUCAUGGCUACAGUAUAACAACUUAUGGACUUUCAAGUAAAAAUGACUGGCAUGCAUCCUCAAUUACUCGAAAUUCACAAGGUGGUCAAGAUUAUGUCUUGUAUUACAAGGCAUGCCAAAUUGCGUGCAUCAGUUUGAUGCUGCCAGGAGUUCAUAAUGUUCUUAAUUCUUUGGCGGUCUUUGCUACAGUUGCAGCAUUGGUGACUGACGGACAUUGUGUCCAUGAAACUAUCAAUUCUGUGAGGAAUCACUUGAGUAAAUUUGAAGGAGUAUCUCGACGAUUUGAGUUGAUCGGUAAGGUAAAUGGAUGCCAGAUAUAUGAUGAUUAUGCUCAUCAUCCAACAGAAGUUCAUGCUGUCCUCCAAGCUGCACGGCAGAAAUUUCCAUCAGAGCCAUUGUGGGUGGUUUUUCAACCACACACAUUCAGCCGUCUAGCUGCACUGGUGAAAGAUUUUGCUACUGCACUCAGCGAUGCAGAUUAUGUAAUCAUAACUGAGACUUAUGCUGCCAGAGAAAUAAAUAACUUGAAUGCCAGUGAAAGCCACCUGGCAACUUUAAUCAGGGGCCCAUCAACUGAAUAUAUUCCUCGAUUGGAGGAUGUGAUUGAUAAGUUGGCGCUCAAGAUACCAUCAAAUAUGGAUCAAGACACAAUUAUCUUAACACUAGGUCCAGGUGACGUAGCAACUGUAGGACCAGAACUACUCAGAAGAAUGCAAAAGGAUCACAAAAUUUCUGAUAAUGGAGGUGCUUUGUGUUGCAGGCCUAGGGGAAAGCUACUCCUGACCUGGGCUUAGCUUGGGAUAAUCUGGCAAGAUAUGCAUCUCAGCUACAAUUGGAGUCCAAUUUUGAGCUGUAGGAGUCAUCUGCCUUCGGGAUUGGUUACCAUCCUCCAAAGAUUUGGGCGAGCAGUAGCACUUUAAGUCAAUUGCUUGAACAGAAGUGUGAGUUGGUCCUGUGAAGGAUCCCCAUUUAUCGUAACACAUCUGAUAUCAAUCAAGCUCCAGGCUGGCCAAAAUUGAUGCAGUCAGUGUCGUUAUGACUAAAAUGUGAAUUCUAGCAAUAUCGUUUACACAGCAAAUCUAUUUGUUUUAAACUCUCAUAUAAUGCAAUUGAUUUUACACACACAGACACACACACACA